AAGUAAAACUUUCCCAGUAAUAAAGACAGAUCAUUGUUUCCCUUGUGGAAACAAUUCCUGGACUUCAGCCAAGCAAGUCAUAAAUACAGAUCGCAGUGUAGCAAUGUCAGAAAUGGCAAACCCUUCUGGCACUCUCUGCAGCAAGUGUGGUUUUGAAAUGCUGUUUUGCAGCUAUAGCUAGAAGGAUGAUUCACCCUCCCAGCAGGGCUGUGACUUGCUCUUCAAUGUUUCAAGAGGCCAGCUAGCUUUAUAAUGACCUAAUUGCAUACAGUGCACCUCCCAGAAGGUUUCUCUGCAAACUUCUGAGCAAAGCAGCUGAGGUGUAUAUAAAAGAGGAAAGUCCUUUUGGGAUGAUGGCGACCGGCUCCCACCAGCUGUUCCUCAUGGCUGCAGAUUUAACACUGGCCUCCGCCCUCUCCUUUGUCCUUUAUGUGCUUGGCUGCCUUUUCCUUGCGAGCCUCUCCAGCUUGGUGAUCUUCCACUUCUCCUUUGGGCUGCUGAAGAGAGCAAAGAGGAAAGCAAAGAGGAAAAUCAGCCUGAAAUGGAGAGCAAUCCUGAGCCUGGUUUCUCGAAGCACCAUCGGAGGGAUGCUUGUGAAGAAAUUAGACCGAGCAGGUUAUGGGUUGCUGGAGGUCCACCGUUCCUCAGAGGGAGAAAGGGCGUCUAUGCUGAAGAAGAAAAGCUCCUCAAACACCAGGGUGACACAACUCACAGCAGGAAUGCCUGGAGUGCUGAAGAAUCCUGCUGUCACGUUCCAGGAAGAGGAGGCAGAGACACGAAAUGAAUAUGAAAGGAUGCCAUCUCCUAAACAGAAGAAUGGUAUUUUGACACCUGCUUUCUUUAUUGCCCUCAUUUGGCUUCCAGUGAAAAUUGCGUGCCCAUGUCUAAGGAAGAGAGGUCGCCUGCGGCGAGUGUGUACAUUUGUGUGGGGAAAAGCGACAAGAUUUGCUCUGGGACUGAGUGAAAAGAAUUGAAGGGAAGAUGACAAAGAGUGCUUGGUUUGGGCACCACCUUAGAACUGUCCAUUUUGAAUACUAUUAUAAUUAUUUUGCAGCUGUCAUCAUUGGCCUCCUUUGGACUCCAGUGACCACUGUGUUCUCACGUCUGAAGAACUGAAGUCCCCAGAUGCUUACAACCUUCUCGAAAUCUCAAGAGUGAUGGGUGAAGCUGACUAGGCCUGUAACACAGAGAGACUGGUGGAGCUUGCUCAGCUUAUGAUGUGCAGAUGCAGAAUUUGAAUGUGUGGAAACCAUCCAUUGCAAAUAGGGAUGAGGAGAAAAUUACCUCAGUUUGCAUUUUCACCUGCAAUUCCCAAAAGAAAAUGCAGCUCUCCUCUGAAUUUUUUUAUAUUUAUAUAUAUUAAUUUUAUUAGUUUUCCAAAUCAUAACAAAUUGAUCAAAGUUAUUAAGAUUUAAUACAACUUUUUAAAAAAACCAUAGUUUUCCCGCUUCUGUUACAAUCAUGUGUCUGUUGCUUCCUGAUGUUUCCACUUCAUUCUUCUUCUUUAAUCACCUUCUCAUCCGUCUGUUAAUUUUAAUCCAUUUUCAAAGCUGACCUUUCUUGUUCUCUUGCAAUCAGCACCCUUGUUGUUUCGCAAACAUAUAGAUAUUGAUUUCACGUGUGUAGUCCUUCUAGCACUCUGUUCCCAAACAUGGAGUGUAGAGAUAAUUUAUUGCCACCGUCCUUUGUCCAUUCACAUCCCACUCCUUUGAAAACAUUCCUUCAGUUGUUCAAGGAGUUGCUGGGCUAUAAAUAACUUCCUGACAAGAUGCCUGCUCCGCCAUUUAUCUCUGCCAUUAAAAUUCUGGGGAUUAUUUUCUUCAGUCCGCAGUUAAAAAACAAAGUCACAUUUAUAAACUCCUGCCAGAUGUAAUUAGCAGUCCUUCGUCUUGCCAAAUUCCUCUCUCCUCCACUCCUGGUCCAGUCUGAAGAUGAUUUGAAUUGCGUCCAUUUAACCUCGGUCAAAAUUCACACUUCUCCAAAUGUUGUGAUGCUGUCCCACAGUGAAAUAAAUUGUGUAUGAAGAUGUGUAUGUUGGUGGAAGGUGUACAUAAAAAUGCAGCUGUGAAAAUAAAAUAUCAAAUGCA